CCUCUUCAGGAUAAAUUAUAGGUACAUGGAUACUUCCUUAAUCUAAUGCUCCCGUCUUAUCGAUAGUAACCGAUAAGUGUGCUGGCAAUAGACCCACUUGUUGCUAGGCCAAUUCCAAGUUGUUGACUUUUGACAUCAUUCUACCCAACCUCUCCCAGCCACACAUUUCCGAAACCACCUUGUCAGCCAUAGAAACCACCGGACAACCGCCUCGUCGUAACGGUGCAACGCUUACCUUUUCUUUCUUUCCUUACUCACCCAAAUCAACCGCUCACAACGUAACGUCAACAAGGUGCAUGAGCGAGCACCUGUCAACAAUACUUCCAGCAAUUCUCACCUCGUGCAUUCCAGAUUGCAACGAGGGUGGGUUCGAUCAAGACACCUUUCCAACAUCAGCUUGGCUGGUUCUUCCAGUAGAAUACCAGCCGAGUCAUUAGUUUCACCAAACUCUACUCCUCAUUCCAACCAGAAAUAAUAACGUCGUUUAUUCGGCACUUGACACGCCACGAAGAUGGCACCUCUACCAAGUCUAGCGGCACACGCCCGUAGCUUGCUAUCCGCAGCUCGGGACACAGCGAACGACCUCGCCGCCCGCUCGACGACCAACAUCCCUAGCUCCCCGGCCGACGCUCUCCAACAACUCGGGCCCCUAGCCGCCCGAUCAAUUCUACUAGCACGAGACGAUGACAACGGCGAACAGAAGGUCGACCCGCACAAGGGUGCCGUGCGGCCGCAGGACAUUAAUAAUACGUUCGUGUUCGUGUUAUUCGGUCUCAUCGGCGCUGCCUUCGUGUGCACCGGUAUUUGGUUUUUCUUCUGGGCUAAGAACGGCGGCUUCUACUUCAAGGAAGAUGACUGGGAUGACUACAAGUCCACUGUUCUCCGCCGCAAGGGCCCUAACGGCACUAUCUUAUCUAACGCUACCGCCACCACCCAACUCGGCGGCGGUUCCGUCUACAAAGACGUCGACGAUGGCCGCACCGAGUACACAGGCGGUCUAACGCAGAUCACAGGCGACACAGGAAGCACACUCACCGGAAUCACAGCAGGCGCCUCCGAUCUCUCCGCACGCGAACGCCGCCGCCAGAAACGCGAACGCAAAGACCGCGAGCGCGAGAAGAAAAAGGACCGCCGCAACCGCGAAAAAGCCGGCCGUCGCGUCGGCGAAGAUGGCGUCCUAGUCGACGAACAAGCCGAGGCCGAUGCAAAGGACCAACUACGCGCGUACCGCAACGAGAAGGCCGCCCGCGUUGGCGGCAUCAACAAGGAAAGCGAGGGCAGCACCUGGGAUGGCUCGACAAACCCCGAGAGCUCGACGGCGGGUAGUGACCUCCACAGCAAUCGGCAUAGCAGGCAUAGCAAGCACAGCGGCGCCAGCGAGACCACAGCCGAAGGCGGACGGCAUAAGAGCGGCGGCGGUAUUCGUAAAGUCUACAGCACGGCGGACCGUAAUGCAGAUCGGGAGAAACGCGCUGAGGCCCGACGCUUGCGCGAGGAGAGCCGUGCUAGCGGUAGUGGUGGCGCUAGCGGCAGCGGCGUGAAGCGCGAUUAUAGUUUCCAGCGCGCUCGAGCGGGCCCGCAGAGCGCGGUUUCGUCGGGGGUGCGGGCGAGCACGAUCGAGGAGGAGCCGAGGGAAAUGGCCGAGAGCAGUGUAGGCGGUAGGUUCCUGCCGCCGCCGAGCGGAUGGGUUCCCAGCGAGGUUAGCGCCGAGAGCGCCGACACGGGAACUAAGUCGUACCAUCAUAUUAUCCCCGGCUUGUCGCCUAGCACGGUAAGCGGCACGGAUGUCAGGGAUUAUGCGGAGGAUAAGGAUAAAGAUAGGAAGAAGAAGCGUGGAUCGAGGGGGCAGCGGAGAGAGUAGGGGGUGAAUGGG